UUGUUCUCAGCAUGCUGCCUGCCGGCUCCACGUUCCCCUGCCGGCGGGUCAGUUUCUAUCCGCCCUUAAACCCGUCCAACCAUCGCAAGUUCUGAAUCAAACCGCCGGUCCUCACCGGAACCAGCCCAGCAUCGUCAUGCUGACCAACACUCAGAGAACGUAUCAGGUGCUGCUCAACGAGACUGCUCUCUUCAGGCUGCCUGAUCGUCGUGCCUUCCAUCCGGCCUCAGCGCAGAAACUAAGCGGCCUUGGGGAAAGCACCAUCACAGAAGUGAGUCCAGAGAUUUCUGCGGGAAACUCGAGCUGUGAUGGACCGAGCGACACGUUACCGUCAGAGCACCAAACCGUGGAAGAUAAGAGCCCGGCUUUACCCAGCAGCCCUUUGUCCUCGCUUCAGGAACUUGACAGCACACUUCAUCCCCCCUCCCCUCAGGAACAGACUCAGCAGGUUCCUGUGGAGGGCUUGGUGGCUGACGCUCGCUGUGAUAACACUAUACAAGAUAUGGAGGAGAGCCAGGAAACGAAAGAAACCGAACCCGCCACUUUAGUCUCUGACGAAGCCAAACCCAACGCCCUCGAGCCUAAAGACGACGUACCAACACUGGUAACUUCAGACAAGGACACCGAAGAGCUGAGCGCCGUGAUUGGACGGGAGGACUUCAGUCUGAGUCGGUGGCAGCCCAAAGUGUCUGUGUUGAGACUGCCUGUGUCCCUACCAAGUGUUGGACGGCCCCUUCCCAGUUUUCGUCUGUUACCUGGAGAGACUGAUGAUGAGAUUUACCUGGAGGAAAUGAGUGACGACUGUCAGUCCGAUGCCGAAGACGUGGCGGCUGACAAAGGGGAUUUCAUAAAGCCGGAAUCGUCUCCAGGCUCUCCAAUAACCCUGGAGAUUCUUUCCUGCUCGGUUUGUGCAUCACCCGGCACUUCGAUCAUCUGCUCAGCCUGCGGUCGAGGAUACCACAGAGACUGCCACGUCCCCCCAGUUGGACUCGACUUUUGGUCAGAGUGGGUCUGUUCGUUAUGUCAGGACCUGUCAGACCCGUCGGACCCCUAUAGCACUGAGAGACUUCAGCAUACCAGCCUCAGUCUGCAGAGCCUCAGGAGGUGCGAGAGUCUCGUUCUGCAUCUGAAGGUUGAAGUCUGCAGUCAGUGCUCUCAGUUUGGCGGUUCGUCUCAGCUGAAGUCGAUAUCGGACCGCCUGACCCUCCGCCGGCCUCCUCCGUAUCAAACGGCCGCACAGCUCGUCUCCGACAUGUGGACUCUGUUCAAAGACGCCUCACAGGACGACGAGUUGCAGAAACUGCAGGAAAGUUUCCGGAUGAAGUUGGUGGAAACUCUGAGUUCGGAGCUCCAUCCUUCACUCCUGACCGCACCGAAGUCAAACCUGCAACCUGCCGCUGGAUGCGCAAGCAGAUUGCAGCACGGCCGAGAAGACGAGAGCUUAAAGUUGGAAAAGGAAGAAGGGUUAAUACCUGAAUCCAAACUCGAGGACUUCAGGAAGAGACUGAGAGACUUUCUGGAUCUGAAGGCAAGUCCUGCUCCAAAGAGGAAAAGGAGAGAGGACGACUGAGGAGGUUUUAAAUAACCAAGAAGACUCUGCACAGCUGCUUUUUUCCUUUUUAACCCAUGAAUGUACGCGUGACCUCAGCAAUAUUUCCUAUAUGUUCUGUACACGUAAAAUGAAGGAGAAACUGCCCGUCGCAGUUUCCUGUAGCAAGCGGCCGUCUUCAGAUGUCUUAGGUUUGUGUGUAAAGCCCAGCGAGACUGAACGUAGCGCGAUGGAAAUGGCGCGACUAACCGCGUGUGUGACCGGAAACACGCUCGUCUGCUCCGCCUUCAUCGGUUUGUUUCCUCGCUGCUUAAAAACCAAAAUCAGAGUUUCAGUGGCUCAAAGAAUAAAUAAAAACCUUUCUGGAUUCAGAUUUGAUCGGUGGAAGCUCGGCUCUGCACUCGGUGCAGGAGCUGCUCCAGGUGUGCUGAGCUCUGAUGUACAGGAAGUAUCUGAGCUCACAGCAGGCAGAUGUGACCGCAGCAGCUGGAGACUUUUUAUUUUAAAGAAACAAAUUCCGAUGUGUAGUUACAGCACGAGUAACUUUAAAAAGCAUUUUUCAGAAACACCAUGUGCCUUACGUUUAAACCGCUCACAGAAACCUGGAAACUCAGCCGCUGAUGAUGAAGUCAGUUUCUGAGUGGUCACCGUGUGUAAAUCCACAGUAUUAACCCCGUCGUCUCUCACUGACACAGCGUGAAAACCGCCAAAGGUUUCCUCUGCUGUGAGCGGGACAGGUCCGCGUCAGCGCUUCUGUAUUUCUGCACUCAGUUCGCUGCGUCUGCGAGUCGUAAUCGGGGAUUUUGGUCUGAACUCUAAACAAUAUUUUUGGUAUGACAAAGUUCAUUUUUCAGUGAGUGGUCACAUCUUAAAAGCAGGAAUCGGUCAGUAUUUCACAAUUUCAAAAAGGGAGGAAAUGAUGACGGCAUUGAUCAGGCCCACUGUCUGUGCUGUGAGCGCUCUGACUGUAUCAACAUUAAACUGGUGAUUUCAUCUGAGACUUUGUGCCGGUCUCGAUUUUACCGCCUUAUGUAAAGAAAGUGUGAGACCUUCAUUGAGACGUGAAGCCGUUACUUUUUCCUUGCGGUUGUAAUUAUAGAGUCCUUGGUGGCAGUAAUGGUACCUUUCCUACUGUCAGAUUUCAUCUCUUUGGCAGCUGAUCAGCCAUAACGUGUUCUUAUUUUUGGUAUUUCCCCCGAAAGCUGAGGCGCGCACGUCUGCAGCGAGUAGCGUAACAUGUUUACAGUUUAGUCUGAGUUUUCUCGUUUGAUAUUUCAUGUUUUACACGUAUGUUGUGUUUUCUCUUACGAUGAAAUACGCAGAGAAUUUUGUUUGUUUAACAUGUAUAUAAAAAAACAACAUUUAAAAUAAACAUUCUUUUCCAUAACUGACUCGCUUUGCAUCUGAGAUGAGUCUCAUCUCGUCAUUCGGCUUGUGAUUUUUAGCAGCUGGAUUUACUGUAACAGGCGACUCUGUAUUUGAUCUUUGUUGUCUUCAGUAUUUGGCUCACAUCCUGCUGAAGUCUCAGAUGUUGUUUAUUCCUUCAGUCCAGCUUCAUGACUCGAUUUGUUUUCUAAUCACUUCAUGUGGCUGUCUUCUUUCUUUAAUGUCUGUAUGUCAAAGCUGUCGUGUCCAAACGGAUCCCAGUCACAUGCUUCAGUCUGUGGAACCAAUUAGCCGGUUCAUGUUUCCCCCGGUGUUGGAUGGGGAACUCUGACAGACUCGUUUCUUUGUGUGCGCAGUUCGACGUCGUGCACUUUCAUGUGUUCAAACUUUAUUGUGAAAGUCUGUGUUUACUUUCCCUUUGAGGAAUUUGAAAUAAUUUUACUUUGAUGUUAACAGAACCAAAAAAAGAAAAAUCUGCUGAAAAAGAAAAACGAAUCAGAACAAGAAUUCAAAUGUAAACGUGGAUUCUUCUUGGCUGUACAUUUUAUCAAAGAAAAUGUUACGCUGUGUUUUAAAAAAAUUCCAUUAAAAUAUUUUAAAAUA